AUGGAAAAGCAAUAAGAGAAUGGCUAAUAAAGUUUAAUGUCUUUAUGGAGCAAAAGGACUUCUAUUGAAACUAAUUAAAAUGAAGCUCCUUCUGUCGAAUAUGAAACGAGUACUUAAAACAUUUUAAAGUAUCAUUUUGUUAUUGGAAUGUUAAAACCUGGAUAAAAAAGGAUAGGUUUAAUAGCUAUCAAUAAAAAUAAACUAUCAAUUGCAGGCAUUUUAGGAAUAAAGAAAUUUAAAAAAUGA